GGGUGGGGGGACCCCUUUCUGAGCCAGACGGCCUCAGGGGGGAAGGGAGGAGGAGGCGGGGCCGUCGGGCCGGGCCAGGCUGGGCUCCCACCCGCGGGCCAGGCGGCAUUCCUGGGAGGCCGGCGCUCUGACGUGGACCCGGGGGCCGCGGGCGCACGGGGAGGGGGGGCCGGCCCGGGGGCUUCUUAAACCCCCCGCCCCGGCCUGGCCGGCAUUUCCCGAGCACCGCUCCGCCCCUGAAGGGAGAGGAGAGGAGACACACAAAGUGAGAGAGAGAGAGUGUGACCGAGGAGGAGCAGAGGAGGCCCGGGCCCCAGAGCAGCAGAGAGCCGAGCAGUGAACCCCGCAAUCGCGCGCCCCCGCCCCAGCCCCAGCCCGCCAGCAUGAUGAACAACAGCGGCUACUCCGAGCACCUGGGCCUCGGCCUGGACGAGGCGGACGACAUGCCGUCCACGGAGAAGGACCUGGCUGAGGACGCUCCGUGGAAGAAGAUCCAGCAGAACACCUUCACCCGCUGGUGCAACGAGCACCUCAAGUGUGUGGGCAAGUGCCUCACCGACCUGCAGCGCGACCUGAGCGACGGGCUGCGGCUCAUCGCGCUGCUCGAGGUGCUCAGCCAGAAGCGCAUGUACCGCAAGUUCCACCCGCGCCCCAACUUCCGCCAGAUGAAGCUGGAAAACGUGUCCGUGGCCCUCGAGUUCCUCGAGCGUGAGCACAUCAAGCUGGUGUCCAUCGACAGCAAGGCCAUUGUGGAUGGAAACCUGAAGCUGAUCCUGGGUCUGAUCUGGACGCUGAUCUUACACUACUCCAUCUCCAUGCCCAUGUGGGAGGAUGAGGAUGACGAGGAUGCCCGCAAGCAGACCCCUAAGCAGCGCCUGCUCGGCUGGAUCCAGAACAAGGUGCCCCAGCUGCCCAUCACCAACUUCAACCGUGACUGGCAGGACGGCAAAGCCCUGGGUGCCCUGGUGGACAACUGUGCCCCUGGUGAGUGGAUCCCCGGGCCUUGGUUCUGGAGGGGAUUUGGGAAGAGCCAGUGGUUCUGUACUGGUAGAAUGCAAAGCUGUAUGGACUAGAGAGAUAGCAUAAUG